CCAAAUAUCUCGCAUAUGCACGUUGUGCACGGAGUCUUGAAGCUCGCUAAAACCCUUGUUUAUAAACAGAAGAUAAGCGACCGGUGGCCGUAACCAAUACUAAUGCUUACGCUACUACAGGCGCGUGCCUAAAUAGAAUUCACUACUAUGGUACCAGCAAUUUUUCAGGAAUAUCUUGGAAGCUAUGUGACCUUACAUAUAUAGAAAAAUGUUGUUCAAAGUUUUGAGUUUUACAACAUAUCCAAAAAUACAUAGAAAUCGGAGGAUAGUUAGCUUUUCUACAGUUUUGCCCUCUCUUUUUAUGAUAGGACAAUGCCGGAGGAAAGCAUUAUUCGAUAUUUUUCUUAUCACGCCAUAAUAACGAAAAAAAAAAUAUUGAAUUGAUUUAAUUUAUGGUGAGGCUACAAAAAACUUUAUAAAAACUUCACGCAGAAAGAUAUUUUAAGAAAAAUCAUUCUUCUCAAAAAAGUUUCAACCAUAUUUUUUAAUUAUUUUGUAAAACAGGUAGUAUUAAACCAUUUAAAAGAAAAUGACUGAAGUCUACUACUAGAGAAGAUACAGAAACUAUUACUUGUAACAAUAUCAUCAAAAUGAACAGACAAGAAAUACCCGAACAACAGAUACUAGCCUAUUCAUCUCUGAUACUAGAUUUUGAUGCUGCUAUUGAUCAAACAUAUUAUUAUAUGUGCUUUUUAAGUGGAAAGUUACCUUAUAUAAAUUACAUACACCUUUGUUAUUAAAGUAUUGCACGCAGCAAGUACAUUUAUUUAUAUGUUAUUAGUUUGUUACAUAAUAAAUGUACUACAUACAUAAAGUGAUUAAUUAAUGGUUGUAUGUUUUCGAAAGAAACAUUAGUUAAAAAUGUUAAGAAGAAGAAAAAAUAAAAGUAGUAAAUUUGCUCGAAUGAACGAAGAGGAACGUGUACGUUAUAUGCAACAUAGACUUGAAUUUGAGUUAGAAACCAAAAGGCGUAAACAACAAUUAAUCGCUAUUUUUACUAAGAAUAAAUUAAAACGCGAAGAGGUAUUUUCAAAAUUAAAUAUUGCCAAAAUUAAUGAAAAGUGGAGGUAUGUUUUGCGACAAAUAAAAUGUAAGGAACUUCAUAAAGAUGUAACACAUCUUCAUACAACUUUUGGUAGAGCAAUAAGAACUAAGGAUGCAACAAUUUCUUAUUUAUAUAAUGAAUUAAAAAUAGCAGAUGCAGAUCACAAAAAACUUCAAGAAACACAUAUUUUAUUAAUCAAUAAUAUAAUUGGGAAAUACAAACAAAAAUUGACAGAGUUACAUGAUACAUGUACAUUUAAUAAUACUAACACAAAUAAUAUGGUAGAGUUAACUGAAUUGAGAAAUCACAUGGAACAGUGCUAUAAGGAAAUUUCUAAUAAUAUAAGCAGAAAAAGUACAAUUUUUAAUCAUACACAAACUAUAAGAAAAACAUACAAUGCUGUUAAUAUUUUUAAUAUUUUGUACUUGGAGGAAGAUAUGACAUCAAAUCUUCUGCAUCAGUCUUUUUCAAACAUAGAAAAAUUCUGGGAACAGUUAUAUAGAAUAAUAAAUGAAUAUCAAAGAAUAGUUGAAAACAAAAGAAUACAGUAUGAGUAUUUAAAAGAACAAGAUAACAUUGAUCGAAUGUGUAUAUUGCGGUAUCCGAAAGUAUGCUUACAGUUACAAAGUAUUAUUGAAAGAUUAAAAGGCAAUGUACACAUAUUAUCACAAAAAAGAAAUGAAAAAAUUGCAAAACUCCAAAUAACAGAUAUAAAAAUAAAGGAAAAAUACAAAAAUAUUAAAUAUGAAUUAACUAUAACUCAAAUGAUAAAUUCUGUACAGUUGAAAAAAUUGGCUAUUAAAAGCAAUGAAGUAUUAAAACAUUUACAAAGACUUAUGGAAAAAGGUUGCACAAUUCUUGAAAUAAUUAAAAUAUGCUCCAAUUUGGAACCUUUAUUUUUUAACUUGAAGAAAUAUUUUAUACAAAAUACAGUACAUAAUGAAUGUGCUGAUACUAAUAUUCCUGAAUCAUGUGCUAAAAUCAGUAACUUUUGGGAAUAUUAUAAUUAUAUAAAAGUAAAUAAUAUUAUGUUAAGGAAAGAAAGUAACAAGCUUUGUAGAGAGAAUAAAAAAUUAAAACAUAAACUGCAAGCAUACUUCUUGGUGGAUUCUGGCUUAACAUAUCCAAUUACUCUAUCUUUGACUUGAAAUCUUUUGUUUAGUUAUCCUUUAUAAUCAUAAA